UGCACUGUGUAAUAGAUAAUUCUAUUACGUUAUGAGACGACACUCUAAGUCGGAAAGCAUUGGAAAAUGUACUUCAAAACUAGAUUUAGAUGCUGAUCCAAAGAAAAAUAAAUCAAAUGAAAAUGAAUGGUUAAAAAAGAAACCAUUUUUUUUAAAAGAUUAUAUUAUUGAUUACACCGCCAAUUCUAAUCUUCAUGGCUUAAAAUAUAUUGGAGAGAAACAGAGAACAGCGGUAGAAAAAAUAUUUUGGCUCUUUAUGUUCAUAUGCUGUGUGAUACUCUGCGCUGGGCUAAUAAGAAAAGUUUGGAUAAAAUGGAACAUAAGCCCCGUUAUCGUAAGUUUUGCUGAAACGUCAACUCCUGUUUGGCAGAUACCCUAUCCAGCUGUGACCGUUUGUUUAGAAACAAAGGCAAAGCAAUCACAGUUCAAUUUUACAGCAUAUUACCAUCUCUACAAUGACACCGAGAAACGUGCAAAUCUAACCGAUGAAGAGCGGAACAAGUAUGAAGAUGUUACACUUGUUUGCGAUGACCAUCUUGCCCCUGUUACUGGAAGAAAAUUUUGUGAUGGCAAUAGUACUGUUAAAAAUAUCAGAGAGCUGUCUCCCAACAUAACGGAAGCUUUUUUUGGGUGUAAAUGGAAAGAUAUUCCCAAGGAAACAUGUUCGGAUCUAUUCUCGCCUAUAUUAACAGAAGAAGGAAAUUGUUACACCUUCAACAUAUUGCGCGCUGAAGAAUUGUUCAGAAUGGAGAAUCUGCAUAAAGAUUAUCAGUAUCUAGAUCACAAAAGAAUGUCACAAUCUUGGUCCUUGGAAGAUGGAUAUGAUCCUAUGACUCCAAUAGAAACGUAUCCACAUCGGGGUUCAGGGUACGGUGCAAAAGCUGGAUUAACAUUUUUGAUGAGGUCUAAAGAAAUUGAUUUAGAUUAUAUCUGUAAGGGACCAGUCCAAGGAUUUAAGAUUUUAUUACACAAUCCUGCGGAAAUGCCGAGACUAACGCAGCAAUAUUUUCGAUCCCCUUUAUCACAAGAGGUCGUUGUUGCCAUUAAACCAAAUAUGAUGACCACCUCCUCGGGACUUAGGGCAUACGAGCCUGCCAGACGACAAUGCUACUUUCCAAGUGAGAGGUAUCUCAGAUAUUUUAAGGUUUACACUCAAUCUAAUUGCGAGAUGGAGUGUAUGUCUAAUUAUACAUACUCCAGAUGCGGUUGUGUGCAUUUUGGCAUGCCACAUGGCCCAGAAAUAAGAGUUUGUAAUGCUGGAAGUAUGGCCUGUAUGAAACGAGUGCAAAUGGAGCUUGUUGUCGUGGAAGUGCAGUCCGUUUUAGAGAAGGUAAACCAAAAGAACGAUACAAUCGAUGAGGACGCGCGAAAGAUAGCCUCCCGCUGUAAAUGUCUGCCAGCUUGUACUUCCAUCGAAUACGAAGCGGAGACCUCCCAGGCAGACUAUGAUUGGAAAGCUAUAUAUAGAGCCUACAGAUUAGAAAUACCACCUCACAUGAAUGAUAUGAUGUACUCGCGAGUAAUGAUAUUCUUCAAGGAGCCACAGUUCAUAACGUCACGGCGUUCUGAACUAUACGGCCAGACAGACUUCCUGGCUAACUGUGGAGGUUUACUCGGACUCUUUAUGGGUUUCUCUAUACUGAGUUUGGCCGAAAUAAUAUACUUCCUCACAAUAAGACUAUUUUGUGUUAUCUGGAAUCGUCGUCGUAGUACGAAGCAUGAAUCAGAUCUGCCUAAGAUUGAACAUAUACCAGACGGUGAUAAAAUUGGGAAAACAAAGCAACAGUUUAUCGAUUAAUAUAAUAUCAAUUUAAUUAUUUUAUUCGCCUACCUAUAGCUAAACCGCUUUCAACAUUUAUGUGUGUUUACAUUCUAUAGAUAUAUAUACUGUUCCUUCCAUUAGUAGUAUAUGUAAUAUUAUAUUAUCUGUGGUAGUACCGAUUUAAUCCCAGUUCAGGUUAGAAUUAGUUUCCAUUAGCUAACAACGAGCUUCAAGUAAAACUUAAAUUUCUGUGGCAAUCAGCCAACGUGGAUUUUUAGAAUUUAACAUUCUAUACUUGUUUUUUUUUUGGUUCACAUGUCUAAUAUCCAUAACUUGGGACUAGAUGGCUUUGUGUGAAUUGUCCAGGUGUAUUAUUAUUAUUAUAAAUAUAACUUAUUGUCUAUAAAAUAUAUCCUACGGAUACAGAUCUAAAAAAAGCAGAACUCGUGCUAAUCUACAUAAGGAACAUGACUAAAAAG